GUUCUCUCCACCACGCUACCUCGUUUUCUUUUUGCUCUCUACGCCCUCCUCACCUCCGUCUUUCUCCCUUGUAGCUUCGCCAUGGCGACAGGACCACUGAACCCACUGCUAUCCACCGCCCGCGCAUCGGACACCAGCCCAGUGGUACAACUGCACCCACUUGUCCUCCUCACAAUUACCGACUCCUUGACGCGGCACACUCUGCGCAGACUACCAGGUCCUGUAGUUGGCGCCAUUCUUGGACAGCAAAAUGGACAGGAAAUCACAAUGGAGGUGGCCUUCCAGGCGAAGCUCAACCAGAACGACGCGGGCCAAGCUGUGCUGGACGAUGUAUGGUUCGCUAGCCGGCUAGAACAAUACAAGGACGUCCACAAAGUACCCGCCCUCGACCUAGUCGGCUGGUUCACUCUAGGCCCCUCCACCGGACCCCAAUCCCACAUGCUCCCAAUCCACACGCGGAUACAAGAGCUGUAUAACGACUCCCCGAUUCUCCUAAUGUUCCACCCUGGGGACGCUAUUGCGGAAGUCAAGGCUGGUGGGAAGCUACCUCUGACCCUCUACGAGAGUAUCAACGAGACCGGGCCUGUCAUUCUAAAUGACAAAGCUAUGGACAUUGAUGGUGCGCCCACGGGCAAGCCAGUCAAAUUCCGGGAGCUAGUUUACACAGUUGAAACAGGCGAGGCAGAGAUGAUUGGUGUGGACUUCGUCGCGCGAGGUGGCGGCAAUGCAACCGCCGUAGAAGGCACAAAACCUAAAGCCUCAUCCCCCAAAUCCGCCCCCGAAGCCUCCGAAGAAAGCAGCAAAAAGGGCAAAGGCAAAGCAAAAGAGGCCUCAAAAGUCGAAGGCGCAAUCGACGAAUCAUCCGUCCUAACCGCCGAAGACGAAGAGAUCCUCUCCUCCCUGAUUGCUAAAUCCAACGCCAUAAAAAUGCUCUCAACCCGCAUCACCCUUCUCCGCCGCUAUCUAGCCUCCCUCCCGCCCUCCUAUCUCUCCGACCCCUCUCUCCCUUUCAUCAACCCCCCCGCCGAUGCCACCUCCGCACUCCCUCUGAAUCACCCCAUCCUCCGCUCCAUCUCCGCCCUCCUCGCCCGAAUCCCUAUCCUCGCGCCCCCCGACUCCGCCGCCUUCGCUCGUGAGACCCAAGAGGAGCAGUCAGACGUCCAGCUCGUAGCGCUGCUCGCGUCCAUCGCCGGCUCCGUGCAGUCCGCCAAAGAAGUCGGGCGCAAAUUCAAUAUCGUAGACACAGCGCGGUAUCAAGGAAAGAAGGGGCUCGUGGGCAUGGGCAUAGGUAGUAUGGGCAUGGGGGGCCCACAGCUGGGAAUGGAGGACGGAGGCCAAUACUUCGAUACCGUUAUGGGCGGUGGGAGCGGCGGCAGGAUGCUGCGGGAGCGCCCAGGAAAUUACCAUUGAGAGCGUUGCAGAUAGGUCGGCGCAGUGUCCCUUUCAGCGAUGGCAUAGGUGGGCAUGGGAUGCGGCGUUUUUUGGUAUCACGUGCAAACGAGGAAAUGGUCGGUCGAUCUGAGGGGCUUUGGUGCUAGAGGUAGUUGGUGGGGGCUCUCGGAAUUGAUCUGGGGUUUACAAAGAUGCGAUUGAGGCUUCUUGCAAAGGACUCUCGGACCCGGGAUAGAAAUGAAUAACAGAGUUAGAAAAAUCACCCUUAAUUUCUCCGACUU